GUAUACGAUCCAUGAUACAAGUGGAAUUCCCUAUCCUGUAUAUUGUGACAUGGAAGCAGACAAUGGUGGCUGGACGCUUGUAGCUUCUGUGCAUGAAAACUACAUUGGCGAAGGGGUUGGUAGAUGUACAGUUGGUGAUCGAUGGUCGAGUCAGCAAGGCAGCUCCCCGCUUCGACCAGAAGGUGACGCUAGCUGGCAAAAUUUGAAUACUUUUGGUCGUGCCGUGUCGGCAACCAGCGAUGAUUACAAGAGCCAAGCUUACUUUGAAUUGCAAGCCAGAGAUGUGAUGGUUUGGCAAGUACCGAACGACACUCCUUUAUCUGAAUUUAGUUCUGAGGCUUAUCUCAAAUACCGAACAACAAAUGGUUUUUUAACACGCUAUGGUGGUAACAUGUUCAAACUUUACUCUGUUCAUUAUCCCGUUAAAUCUGGAGUCUACACUUUCCCGACAGACAGUGGUCCAAGUAUACCGGUCGUAUUUGAUCAAGGAUCUGCAACUUCACUUUUAGGUUACCUGCCCACAAAUGCUGUCCCUUCCAUCGAAGCUGGAUACAUACAAUUUCGAGCAAUAAGCGUGCACCAAGACGCGUUUGCAUCCUGCCCUGGUGUGCGAAACAAGCCAUCAUUUAACUAUCCUUCGCAAAGCUGCUUAGGGUCUGCUGGUCGCACUGAGCACAGUAACAUCCUGUGGUGGACUUUUCCGGCCUUCUGCACAACGGUCAUGCAGCAGGGUCAGCAUGGAGCGCUGAAAAUACAUUACUAAAAUCUUCAUUCCUUAUAUUUUAUCGUUAAAUAUAAAUACAGCAUGCACAAAGUACACAUUUCCUAUAUACCA